AUGUCGACGGGAAUCGAAUGGGAUAGGGCGCCUCCGGGGUACGGCAGCGAGAGCCACUCGCCGGACGCCGAGAAGACGGUGCUCGACCGAGCCGACUCGUUCGCGGUCGGGCGCGCCGACGGCACGCACCGCAAGCUCAAGCCGCGACACAUCCAGCUGAUCGGCAUCGGCGGCACCAUCGGCACCGCGCUCUACGUCCAGAUCGGCAAGGGCCUGCUCAACGGCGGGCCGGCCAGCCUAUCCAUCGCCUUCACGCUGUGGUGCACCGUCAUCCUGUCCGUGACCAUGUGUAUGGCCGAGAUGGUUACGUACUUACCGAUCUCGUCGCCGUUCAUCCGCUUCGCCGGCCGCUACGUCGACGAGGCCUUCGGGUUCGCCGCCGGCUGGAAUUUCUUUAUUUUCGAGGCGGCGCUUGUACCGUUUGAGGUCACGGCCUGCAACCUGAUCAUCCACUUCUGGAGCGACGCCGUGCCGGCCGGUGUCAUCAUCGCCAUCGUGCUGGUACUCUAUGGCUUGAUCAACGUGCUAGCCGUCAAGUUCUACGGCGAGACCGAGUUCUGGGCCGCGCUCGGCAAGGUGCUGCUGAUCAUCGGGCUGAUCGUCUUCACCUUCAUCGUCAUGGUGGGCGGCAACCCGCAGCGCGAGGCGUUCGGCUUCCGGUACGAGCCCGGAUCGUUCGCCGCAUACUACAGCACCGGCCCGCUCGGCCGCUUCCAGGGCUUCUUGCAGUGCUUGAUCAUGGCUUCCUUUACCAUCGCCGGGCCUGACUACGUUUCCAUGGCGGCCGGCGAGGCCGUGAACCCGCGCGUCGUCAUGCCCAAGGCCUUCAACGCCGUCUUCUACCGCCUGACGGCCUUCUUCAUGCUGGGGUCGCUGUGCGUCGGCAUCCUGGUCCCCUACGACGACAAGACGCUCAAGGACGCCUUCACCAACGCCGAGCCCGGCGCCGCCGCCUCGCCCUACGUCGUCGCCAUGAACCGCAUGGGCAUCCCCGUGCUGCCGCACAUCGUCAACGCCAUGGUCCUAACCGCGGCCUUCUCGGCCGGAAACAGCUACGUCUACUGCGCCUCGCGCUCGCUCUACGGCCUCUCCCUCGAGGGCAAGGCCCCCCGCUUCCUGACCAAGUGCACGCGCAACGGCGUGCCCAUCUACUGCGUGUCCCUCGUGCUGCUCAUCGCCCUGCUCUCCUUCCUGCAGGUCAGCCAGAACGCCGCCGUCGUGCUCGAGUGGUUCGUCGCGCUCGUCACCGCCUCGCAGCUCAUCAACUUCAGCGUCAUGUGCGUGACGUACCUGUGCUUCUACCGCGCCCUGCGCGCCCAGGGCAUCAGCCGCGACGACCUGCCCUACAAGGGCAUCCUUCAGCCCUACGCCGCCUGGUACGCGCUCGGAGCGACUUUCGUCAUGACUUUUGUUGGCGGGUAUACUGUGUUUUUGCCGGGCAACUGGAAUGUGCCUGAUUUCCUGUUCUCAUACACGAUGAUCGCUGUGUGCCCAAUCCUCUACGUCGGCUGGAAGGUCGUCCACAAGACGCGCAUCCGGGCGCCGUACGAUGUCGAUCUGCAUCAGGACCUCGAGGAGGUCGAGGAGUACACGCGGACGUUUGUGGCUGCGCCGCCAAAGAAUGCGUUUGAGAAAGGGUUCAACCGGUUCUUCAGCUAA